AUGUCGUUCAUUGCUCGAAAUGUGGCCAGAACGCUGGUGCAGGCAUCAUGUCGUGGCAUCCAUUCGACAACCGUAGCUCAAAACCCGCGUCAAGGAAAAAGCGAAGGUCGCAUUACCUGUACUCUGAUUCCCGGCGAUGGUGUCGGUCCGGAGCUGGUGUACUCAGUGCAGGAAGUGUUCAAGGCAGCCGACGUACCGGUCGACUUCGAGACGUUCUUCCUGUCGGAGGUGAACCCGACCUUGAGUGCACCGCUCGAGGAUGUCGUGCGCUCGAUUAACAAGAACAAGGUAUGCCUGAAGGGUAUCUUGGCGACGCCCGACUUCAGCCGCACCGGAGAGCUGGAAACGCUCAACAUGAAGCUGCGCAAUGAGCUCGAUCUGUAUGCGAACGUUGUGCACGUCGUGAGUCUGGAGGGCGUGCAUACGCGCCACAAGGGCAUCGAUGCGGUCGUCAUUCGUGAGCAGACGGAGGGUGAAUAUUCGGCGCUGGAGCACGAAGCAGUGCCCGGGGUGAUUGAAUGCCUGAAGGUCAUUACCGCCCAGAAGUCGGCCCGCAUUGCCAAGUUUGCCUUUGACUAUGCGACCAAGCAUAACCGCAAGAAGGUCACCUGCGUCCACAAGGCAAACAUCAUGAAGCUGGGCGACGGUUUGUUCAUGAGGAAAUGUGAACAGAUCGGCAAACUUUAUCCGAGGAUUCAGUUCGAGAAGAUGAUCGUCGACAACACGACGAUGCAGCUGGUCAGCAAUCCGAAUCAGUUCGAUGUGAUGGUCGCCCCGAACCUGUACGGCAACAUUAUCGAUAACAUCGCGUCCGGAUUGGUCGGUGGCGCCGGUGUCGUAGCUGGUGCUUCGUAUUCUGCCGAGCAUGCCGUCUUUGAGCCGGGUGCACGACACACGUUCGCCGAGGGCGUUGGUAAGAACAUUGCCAACCCGACGGCAAUGCUGCUGUGCUCAUCGAAGAUGUUGCGCCACGUGAACUUGUUGCCAUACAGCCAAAUGAUUUUCCAGGCCGUGCAGAAUGUAUUGCGCGCCGGUAAGGUCCGCACCAAGGAUCUCGGUGGUCAGAACACGACCAACGAGUUCACCCAGGCUGUUAUCCACAAUCUGCGAUAA